AUGUUGGUGAUGAAUUCCUCCUCCUCCUCGGUGCCGCUGGCUCUUCUCUUGAGUAACAGCACAUCGACAGAGACAGGGCUCAGUGUGGGUCAACCUAAAGACAGUUUCUCCGAUGCUUUAGCUAAAAACAUUGUUGCCGUUAUGGUGUGGCUGGCCCUCAGUGUCAUCAACAGCAGCAUGGUGUACACCUUUCUACAACACAGAUAUGAGUGUCCAUUUCUCUCUCAGCUCAUUUCCUUUGACCUUAGUGUCUUUUAUGAGAACUCCCGGUACAUCAUGUUCAUCUGCAUGGUGGUCAAUGAUGCUCUGCAGCUUACGCUGGUAACAACUCUCUAUGUGGUCAGCUACGUCUUCAGGAAGAUCCACGUCUCCAUCUGUUGUCUUCUGAUAAUGACGGCGGUCUUCACCACCCGCUCCACCCCUCUCAUCUUGGCCGGGAUGGCGGUAGAGCGCUUCAUCGCCAUCUGCUUGCCGCUGCACCACAGCCACAUGUGCACAGUGUCCCGCACCAUCUUCCUCAUCGGUGUCAUCCUCAUCCUCACUGCCACCCCUCCGAUCACUGACCUCCUCAUCACCAUGAUCAAGGCGCCUCCAAAGUUCUUCCACAGGACCAUUUUUUGUGACCACUUCUUUCUCUUCUCUGAUCCUUCCAUCUAUUACAAGAACUGUGUGUUUGAUGGGGUGUACCUCUCCUUCGUGGCGCUCACGCUGCUCUACACCUACUGUAAGAUCAUGCUGACAGCGCAGGCUGCCUCCACCAGCCUGGCGUCAGUGAGGAGAGCCAGGAACACUGUGCUGCUUCACGGAGUGCAGCUGCUGCUGUGCAUGUUGGCCUUCGUGGUUCCCUCCCUCCAGGCUGCUCUGAUCUCCCUGUUCCCCCAGCUCAUCCUGGAGAUCCGCUACAUCUUUUUCUUGCUCGUCUACAUCAUCCCUCGCUUCAUGAGCCCAGUCAUCUAUGGGUUCCGGGACGAGCUUUUCAGGAAGUACUGGACCCGGUAUCUGUCCUGGCCCAGGCAAAGGGUCAGUGGGAUCAGACCUGGAGCCUUAAAAGACGCCUGCAUAUGA